GCAGCAAGAUGGCGACGCCUUGAGUAUGUGGUGCUUCGUCAGCUGAUGCGAACUUGCGAAUUUGGACCCCGAAACAGAAAAGAAGUAACCAAGUAACAGCCCGACCAAAUUUAUCAUCAGCUGAUGCAAGCACCCUGGCCUUCCCUCGCCGCACCAUGUCAUCGUAGCGCUCUUCCUUCGCUCGCCAACGAGCGACGCUGAAGCAGCGACGAUGGACAGCAAAGACUACGAUCACACGAAAAACAUGACGCUCAUGUUCUUCCUCGACCGACUGAUGGACAAGGGUCAGCCGCGGACCCUGCACGACUUGUCUUGCCAGUUCGGUACCAAAGGGUUCACCAAGGAGAUGCGCCAGAUCGCCGGCGGCAGCCAAUCGGGCCUGCGCAAGUUCCUGCAGCAGUACCCGUUCCUCUUCACCAUCGACGGCGACCAGGUGUCGGUGACGAGCUUCGAAGGUGACAGCUCCGGCAACUCGCCGCAGCGCGACUAUGUGCAAGAAGCCAUCGACUACUUUCGCGCCAAACUGGAGCAGUACGGCAACGCCGAGGUGCCAAUCAAGUCGCUGUUGGGACACCGGUCGCAGGCGUCGCCCGAGAUCAGGCACGUUUCUGGCCAGCACGGAAGGGAGUUUCGGGACUUUCUGGCGAAGCACUCGGAUGUAUUUGUGGUGAAGGAGGAGCAUGUGGUGCUGCGCAGCGUCCUCCAGAAUGCUGCCCAGGGGGAUGCAGUCAUCAAGGUGGCAGAGGAGGCUCCCCUGGACUCUGGCUUGCGUGAUCAGCUGACAUCCAUCUUUGAGACCUUCCUGCGGUCACGGGGUGGGUCGGCCAGCCUGGAUGCUCUGUAUGGACACCUGACGUCGCGCUUCAGCCGCGACACUUACUCGCGCAUGAUGCAGAGUCCCCAGGACUUGUCAGCAUUUCUGCGCAUGAAUACCCACCGUUUCCAGAUACAGGCCAGUGUGGUGACCCUUCUUGAGAGGACAGAACCGGUGGCAGCCGUAUCACCAUCGUCAUCCUCACGUGGCAGUAUCCAGCAGAGGCUCAAAUCGCACAUCCUCAAGGCAGUGGCCGACAACUCGGCCAUGGACCACAAGAUGGCCAGUGUGAACUCGGCGCGUGAGCAAGACCACACCCUUAGUGACAUGCUACGAGGAGUGCGUGUCGUCACCAAGGUGAAGGAGUGUGAGGCACUAGUGUCGCGGCUGAGCAGUCAGCACCAGUUGGUGGCCGUGGAUGCUGAGGGUGUCAAUCUUGGGCCCCAAGGUCCGCUCACUCUGGUACAGCUGGCUACCCCUGUGGGUGAGGUGUUCCUCUUUGAUGUACAGUCGACACCCCAACUCUUCGCUGAAGGACAUUUGCGGGACAUCCUGGAGGCCGAGCACAUCACAAAGGUGAUGCACGACUGCAGGAACGACAGUGCAGCCCUCUUCUUCCAGUUCGGCAUCAAGUUGCAGAAUGUGUUUGACACUCAGGCGGCACACGCAGCUCUGCAGCAGCAGGAUGUGGGCAAGCCCGUGCACAAGGUGAAGAAUGUGUCCUUGGGGACCCUGUGUGCUCUCUACGGUGGGCCAGCCAAUCCACGCCGAGACCAGGUGAAGAGCCUGUACCGGCGGGACCAGAAGUUCUGGAGCCGACGACCCCUGAGCGAGGACAUGGUGUUCCAUGCGGCCUUUGAUGUGUUCUGCCUGCUUCCCGGGGUGUACGGAGCCCUGCGGGGAGCCCUGCGACCCGAGUCGGAGCCCCUCCUGUGGGCCCUCUGCGAGGAGCAGGCCUUGGCACACAUCAGCCCCGACGAGGUAAAGCAGCGCAAGAAGCAGCGCAAGCUAGACCACGAGGUGGACGACCUGCGCCGGCGCUUGGAUGCUGCCCGGCAUACGCAGCGCCAGGUGGUGCUGAGCAACCGUGAGAUACGCCUGCUCAGGUACGUGAACCUAACCGAAGAGGAGUGUGCGCGCAUCGAUGGAAAUCCCAAGGUGGCCCGGAAACUGGAUCGCCUACGGAAUCGUGGUGUGGGAGCAGCGGGGAGUGGUGCCACCGACGGCUUACCAGGUGCCGGCGAUGAAGACGACGAAGAGGACGACGAUGCAACCGAGUCCGAGUCCGAGUCCACUGAUUCCGACCUGCCGAGGUCGGGUGACUGGAGCUGCGAUUCGCUGGGCGCAGCAGUGUCGCCCAGCCACUCGUUGGAUGGACCCAAGGCACCGACCCCCGUGACGGCCAAUGGGCAUGCCUCGGAGCACGGCUGCUGCUGCUGUGGAGAAUGCCGGAGGCCAAGGGAGGGUGCGGAUGCAGCCUGUCAAACACUGUCCACGGGCGACAUUGUCAUCACUAAGGUGUUCUUUGAAGAACAGGAGCACGGAGGGAAAACAAUCAUCCAGUGACUUUAGUUAACCAGUGAACUAUGUGCAGCUUGGAUGAUCUUGCAUUUAGGAUCUUGCUUUCCUCAACUGCCGCCGGUGAACCACAUGAUAGCCCAGAGACACUUGAACACUUGAUAGACCAGUGAAUGAGUGUCCUUUUUGCUACACAAUGCUGUGAGAGUUUGCAAGAAACCCUAGGAGUGAAUGGUUCAGAAGGAGCUCCACAAACGCUCAAGAAAGAACUGGCACAAUGCCUGCCAUGUUGUUGCGAGGUAUCUUUCUCCUAAUAGGCAGUUCUUAUGGACUAGUUUUUCUAUGCAGUGCUUGCUCUGCUCCAGAGCCUUGAGAUAUUUAAGUGCCUUGAUAUAGCCACAUCUCUGGGAGUCUUUCUGGCUUUGGGGAACCCCUCUUUUGCCCAUGUGCUUAUACAUGGAGUGUGGCUUUAAAUUAACGAAAAGGUGCAUUAAUUACUGGAUCAUUUAAGCAGGCUUCACGUUGGCUACCUAUUGUGCAUUUGAGCCUGCAUUACAUUGUACUUGCAGUUGGAAACUGCUGUGAGUCAACUUCUUGCGGGGAUGAGGCUUGUGUUUUAAAAAUGAAAACAAUUCUAUAUGCCCUCAUGACGAUCUCGUUAGCUAUCAUGUGCCACGAGCAUGUUGACAUAAAAUUUCCCAGGGAACACUGGCAACAGUUUCCCAGCCCCGUGAGCAAUACCCAAGUAGCUUCAUAACCACUUGAGCCUCUGACAUUUUUGGUUGGGCAUGUUAUCUUUAUUCUCACAAUAAUACAUAGAUAUUUUCUUCCUCGCUGCUCGUAUUCAACGUGUGUUGGCCAUACCUGCACCACUCUAGGCACCAUGGGCCUUAAACAGCGUUCUGUUGCAAACAAAAUCUAAACGUAUCAGGAAAUUCCAUUCUUCCUCCAUUAUGCAUUUUGCUGCUCCACUCGUGAAACUCUUCACAGAACCCAGUUUGAGAUCCCCUGCUCUGUAGUAUCAAAUCUGCCAUUCCUGCCUCAUUUUCAUCAUUUAUAGGAUUUUUCAGAAGCUUAUGUGCCAUGCACAGGGAACUGUUUUUCACACAUCUGAAAAACACCUCUGUGGUGUUUUUCAGGAACACCUCCUGCAUCUAAUUUGCUAAAGAAGAAAUUGUAAACCAUUUGUGCAUGUGUUGUAAUAACUGCACUGUGUAGGACUAGAGGAAGCUUUAGCUCUACAGCUCCCAUCUAAAUGCGUGGGAACAGAGAAAUUGUUUUUCUCGACAACCACUGCACUGAUUUUGAUGAGGUUUGUCUGUUUAAAAGAAAAAGUUAAAGGGUCCCUGAAACGGUUCGAAUAAAUUUUGUAGACGCGUAGAGUACAGCUGCAGUAAAAAAUUUGCGUCACAAUUAAAGUGAAGCGUCUCAUAUUAAGAGAGCUACAGACAAUUGCAAGUUACCCUCCUCCCUAGCCAUGCAUCUCCUCCUCAACUCGUUCGCCGAGUGAUCGGGGCUAAGCUCUGCCUUCGUUGGCUCUACGUCACGUUGUGACGCGUUGUUGUCUACUUCCGGUUGUCUUGGAGCCAGCAUGCGAAGGCUCUCCAACCUCUCCGCUAGCCGCCCGGCCGUCAAUCCCCAGCGAGAGCGAUCAAGCAGCGUGCGUUGCGAGCGUUCUGUCGCAGCGCCGAACGUGUCCAGUAUUCCGGUAACCACAGGCAGGCUGGGUGUUUUGACGGAUAGGCAGAGGCAUAAACUAAAGCCCCUACAUACCGCUGUGAUGAAGGAGCUUCGUAGACGUACGUGAGCGGCCUGAUCGGCAUGCACAGUCGAGCCAUCUGGUGGUGCUGAGCUUAACCAGCCAAAUACAGAGGUAACAUUGCGGUAGCCAACGUAGAACAUUUGAAACAUAUAAAAAGACGUGUUCAAGAUUAUGCUCCUUCCAAAAACUUAAGCCAGCAGCAAAUUAGAAAAAACUUGGUUACUGCUAUAUUAGCUGUGUGUUUGGUUGAGCUUUGUGCAGCGAGGUGGUUGCAUCGUGCAAGCAGUUCACGUUUGCCCCUCUGUUCAUCACAUAAAACGUGGUAAAACGGCCAGUACACUCACGCUUGCGUUCACCUGAAUACCGGACACGCUAAACUCUUGUGGCAAUCCUUCGACGUGAAGUGACGGCCGCAAACGCGUAGAUGCUGGCGCCGUUUGGAGACCGACAGUCCGAUGUGCUGCAGCCACUCCACUCGUCUGCUGCCUUGCAGCGGAGCACAUUGUCGCAGCUUGACAUGUCGCCGAUCGCUACGUUUGCAGCCCACAACGCAACAAGGGUGAACCAUGGUGCUCGCAAAAAGAAAGAACAAGACCAACACUGACCAUGCAGCUCUCGUCAACACGAAGCACGUUUCAACACAAGCAGACGACACUUGCUGUGGGCUGGAAGUGCUUUUAGUGCAGUGAUACAUGUCCUUGUACAUUCUCUUUCUGUUACUUUCUUUUCAUAGAAACAAAUUGACUAACAUCUAAACUAUUACGAACAACAUUUGUUCACCAUAAUGUUAGAAAAAUUAUCGAUGACGUGCCCUGGGCAGCCAAUCGGAUAGCUGGCCCUACUGACGUAUUAUGGUCAAAUCACGUCACUUGGCCACAAAACUCAGCCGAUUGGCUUGCUGCGAUCGGUAGCGGUGUACCUUUUUAAAACCUUAUAAUAAAUUACGCACUUAACGUGGAGCGCUUAGAUGCAUCAAUUAAUGAUCAGAAGGACCUACUCUAACGACUCGGUACAUUUCUACAAUAUCGCUUCAGGGUCCCUUUAAAAUCUUAAGAAGCGGAAUUUUUAUUUAGUCUACCAAUUUUUUAGAGGAAUUCCUGAAAUUUCCAAAAGUAAAGAUGAGCUAUCCGUGUCACCCUGUGUGUUCUAGUCAUGCUACACUGUGCGCAUGAUGCAUUCAAACUAGCCCAGCAGUCUGUCUUCCUUUUUGAACUUCAUACCAAGUUUGCAACUCUGCAACGAGGAGUAAUAUAAACUGCCCCUAAUAUUAACAUAUAAAAUAGGCACAAUUAAUUUAUUAUACACUGCUCUGAAAUAUACCACCAAUACCCCUGUCACACGGGCACUCGAAAGUCUUUUGAGCAAAAAGAAUUCUUCCAAAAAAGAGUUUCGCCCGCAGACACACGACAGGGAGCGAUCUCUUUUUCAGAAGCGGUCUUUUCUGGAAGAAGAAUUCGCCGAUCUCCUUUACGGCCGAAAAGGAGUAGCCUCAAAACCAGUGGGCGCCAGCAAUUGUCAUAUAUUAAAGAAAAUAAGCAAAUGCGCAAUUUUGUGUUGCCUUGGCUCAUCAUAAAAAAUAGUUUUAUGUCUCGCAGAAGGUUUAGUAAACCCAGUAAUGCUGGAAACAGAAGCCCAAUGUUGCCAGACAAGCAUGCACACUUCCCUAGUUCUGUAAACGCUCUUGAAUCUACUACAAUAAAACUUAAAAUUAACGUUUCUUAAUCUGGCAUUGUUAAAUUUAUUUGAAAAACGUGCUAUAUAAUAAGUUUUCACUUUAUAUUUCGAGAUACAUCAGUGUAUUUUGGCUGAUUUUGUUUCGAACGCUAGCGCCACGCUUUUGGUAGUGUGUCCAGAAGGAAACACUAAAAUGAUAUCGUCGGUGCCGUGUGUCUGCUGCGCAACACUCUUCAUUAAAAGGUCUUUCAACUUGGUAAAAGUCCGUUUGCAUAAAAGAGUUUUUGCGGGCUCAUGUGACAGAAGUGUAAGACUCUUGCAAAACCCUUGUAAGCAUUGUAACAAUUUUAUGUUGGCUUUCAAAUUUAACAAAUUGCAUUCAAAUCGGCCAAGUUAGUUCUCAUAAAAGCAGUUCUGUGUGCAUAUAUGCUGCAUCAGAGAAGGCUUAACCUGGGGAGUGGAGCAGCUUGUUUGUGAAAGAGCAAACAGAGCGGCAUAGCAUGGCAUCAAAUGGAGAAUAGAUGUACAUUUGCAUACUUUUCUUGAUGCUUACUCUGAAAUUUAUGCAUUGAUUUCUCAACAAGUUUUUCACUUCUAUAAAAUAGGGUCCCUCAUGUUUUCAUAGUAUCUCUUAGUAUAAUGAGAAGCACUUGUAUAAUGUUCCCGAUUGUUUUAUCUUUUGCAGACUUAUGCACGUACUUCUACAUUGUGGAGAAUGUGCUCAUUUUCACAUGUCCUUGGUUGUAGUGGUUACAUUCUCUAAGCUGUGCAUUUAAGCAGCACCCAGUUUGCCCAGCACACUCCUUCAGUCAGAAAAGGCAUGCUAAACACUUAUGCAAUUUCUCAAUAAAAAUAUUUUUGCUUUGAUUUUAUUUGGGCAUUUAUCUUGCUCUCGAGCUGGUUUUAGAAUCACUGUUUUGCACAGUCCUACGGGAAAAAUACAAACGAUUUACUUGAUAUUGGGUGCUCACUUUAGUUGAUGCAAGAAACAGUGAUUGCAUGGCAGCAUGGCACAUUUUUUCAUUUUUUUCCCCCCGUGUUUUGCCUCUGAAAUGUUUUCUUUUAUAAAGGCAAUAAUCGGGUGCCGUCACUUGGAAACUCUUUUUCUAAAGUGCUACUAGUUGAGACAUGCAAAUUGAUUAUUUCCGAUAUCAUUGUCUGCAUUCCUUGUUUGACCUUACUUAUUGUGAUGCUCUGCCAAAUUGCCUACCUUUUUCCAUAAGCUGUGCUUUGAAUUUCAAACAGUUUGUGCCUGCUGUUAUUUGGAUGCUCAACAGUACCAUACCAUGGGGCACACAAAGCUCAUCACAAAUAUCCACUUUGUUGCAUUGUAAGGCAUGGCCGAAAGUUUAUAUAUAUUCAGUGUGUUGCAAAAUGCCGUAGCAAAGAUUAUCACAAAACAUGAGGCAACUCUUCCUUGAGCAGGCUUGAAACACUAUGCUGCUGUUGCAUGUGUUGGCAGCUAUGUACGUUUUCAUCUACCAGCAUAUGUAGCAUUAAUGGUGGUUUAAAGUGGCAAGCAACAGUGAUGAGUCCUACUUCAGGCCAUUGUGACAUUUGUGGAUAACUUUGGCUUCACGUAUGGUGAUGGGCGAGGUGUGUGCAAUACAAAGCUUGUGUUCAUUAAAGUAAGUGAACUUUGAGUGUAA